UGCCUGCCAAUCAACUUGAUCCUUUUCAACUUCCCCAAUCGAACAACAACAUUGGAUCUAUCUUGCUAAGGAAGCUGUGUUUAUUUUACACAAUACGACAAAUAUGGAAAAUUUAAAAGAACAAGUUAUGAUAAACCAUUUUAUUUCAGCAACAGGCUGCCAUAUAGAGCAAGCUAAACAGUUGUUAACGGCGUCAAAGUGGCAGUUUCAGACGGCCCUAAGUAUGUUCUUUCAAGAAUCGGCGAUUCCUACGUGUCGAACUUGCAAUGGAAACCACACAAAUGCUCACUAUCCGCUCUGUACACCUGCCAAUACUCCGGCUACUCCACCCAAUUUCCCAGAUGCACUGGCUGCAUUAUCAAAACUUUCAACAACAGAAAAAUUCAGCUCAUCUCCAUAUGCUACAUCUCCCCAGCAGGUAGCACAUUCUCCCAAAGGAAUGGAGAUAGAAACGCAGCGAUAGUAACAAUGGGUGCUCUGUUAUCUUCUGGAGAUUGAAUGAGGGAAGAACGGAUGAGGAAUAAAUAGACUUGUGUUAUUCGUCCAUUCUUAGAGGGAGCCAAUAAGGUGGAGGGAUGCGAGGACUAGCUGAGCCGUGGUUGGCCUGCAGGCCUGUUUUAGUAUGUUUUACAUGUGUUAUUAUUGGAAACAAAGUGCUAUAAUACCUUACUUGGAUACCUCACUUUAGUGUAUACCCAAAAGACUACUACCAUCUGACAAUUUGUGGAAAGACUACCUUUUAGCACUUUCCCACCUAAAUAUGUGUGUUUAUCCAAGUGUCGUUAACAAUUUAGUCUGAAAUACCCUCUAUAGAUUUAUGUAUGGUAAGUUUUAUUUUCAAUUUUGUCAUUAUUGAUAUGAUCUAGUACUGUGUGAGGAAAUGUGUGAUAUAUAUGUUACUGUGAUCAGAUGAGAGAGUGGUUUGAAUGCGGAGAGUAGUAUUUGUUGCUUUUUCAUGAUAUAGAUGUGUACCAAUAUUUGCCCCAUCCUAAGCAGCGUUCUAGUUUGUUUAGGAAGUAGUAUAUUUAUCCAUGCCUUUCUGUUAGAAUGAGGCCACAUGUGUGGUCUAAAUUCUAGCUGUGCAAAGGGUGUCAUUGCAUUGCUGUGCAUUGGGGGAAGUCAAGGUCCUAGAUUUGUUUAGCACCUGACCCUUGCCCACUUAGUCAUCAUGUCUUUCACAUUUAACACAUCUCUCAUGCUCUGAUUAAGAACUCCUUCAUGAUCAGUACAGCAACUCAUUUUACAAGAAAAUUGUCUUUUUGUGUGAGUUUUGUCGACAUUUUACUGAAGACUUGUGUAUGCAGAUUUGUUCCUGUAUAAACAUCAGGCUGUCACAUACAUUGUAUAUGAUUGUGAACUUUAUAGAAUACAGCAUGUAGUUCCACUCGGCUGUGGUUUAUACUCAUCAUAUCACAGCGUUUCAUGUUUUCUCCUAGAGUUUGUACCUCAUAGAUUGUGUACAAUCAGUUCAUCACACAUCAACAUGAACACUUGUGUGUUACAUCAUUAUGUAAAACUCAUAGUGCUGCUGUUUUCCCCCCAAAAAAAAUAUGAAAAAAAUUGACAUUUAAUGUUUUGCUUUUGUACAGCCUUUUUACAGAAACUUAGAAGUGAAAUACAGUAUAAACUAGUCACAAGUUAAGAUUUUUAAGGUGGACAAAUAUAACCAAUUGAAAAUGAUGUCAAUUCACUUUUGUUAUUUGUUUGAUUAUCUACAUUUUGAAGACUAUUUACCUUAAACAUCAUCAAAAUUGGAUACUAUACUGUGAUCAUGAAACAGUUGGAAUUGAAGUUAUAAUCAUGUAAUUACAUCUCCGAUUAAUGUCAAGCCCAACAAACUUAUGUUACUACUGAUCAGUAUUUGGUAAGAUCACUGCUUCCAGACAUUUACACACUAUUACCGACUUGACUGCCUUUUUGUAUUCUAUUUUGCCCAUAUUAUAUACUGUAUGUUUGUAUGUUUUGUACUUUGUACCAAGUUUUGCUUGUUUUAGAUCAAAUGUGUAUUUUGCCCAAAGUUUUCUCAUCUUCUCAUAUCUGGAGAGAACUAAUUACAUGUUACUUAGUCUCAAUUUGUACAAAUUUUGUAUAUACACAUUCUAAACUUAUUAAUACUAGACAAAGUUGAUAUUUUGUUGAUAAAAAUGUUGACAAGUCUGCAGCUCCUUGUAAUAUGUGUACAGUGAAAUGAUAAUUGUAUUAUACUAAUACCUUAAGAGCAAAUUUAUGAUGAAUAUAUGAUAUUGUUGUACAUAUGUACUUUUUCUGUUGUCUUGUUCACAUGUGAAGGACAUUGUCAGAGAAGGGCAGUUACAUACUUACCACAUGAUUUCUGUGAGUAAAUAAAAAAAAUAUUAACAAGAA